AUGAAAAUAGAGAUAAAUAAUAAAGAUAUUAAAAUGUCAGAAACAAUUAAUUCACAAAAUACGCAAUUCUUUAAUUUAGCAAAAUUAGCUGUUGAUGCUAACACUUCCUUAUUAAAAUUUAUUUUGUCACCUAUAGAAGCAGAAAAUAAAGAAGAAUAUUUAGAGAGAGAAAUAAAUUUACAAAAUAAUUUUAUUUUACUUUUUGAAGAUUUAAAUAAUAAUUUUGGCUUAAAAAUUUUAAUUAAUAAUUAUUAUUUAAUACCUAAUGAAGAAUUAAAAAAUAAUAAUUUAUUUAAAUUAAUUUCAAAACUUUUAAAUUAUUUCUAUAAAAUUAAAAAUAAUAAAAAUAUUAAAAGAAAACAAAAAACUUGGAAACGAAAAAUAUUAAUUAAAAAAUUUCAAAAAAUUGGGGAAAAUUCGUUAAAUAUUAGUGGAAAGUCAAUAAAAAGGAAAAGAAGUGAAUUAUGGAAUAAAGAAAGUCAAAAAAUGAAGAAAAGAAUUACAGCUAAUGAUUAUUUAAAACAAAGAGAAAAAGUUUUGAAUAUUUGA